AUGUGGCUUUGCUCUGUUAGAAACGAUGCUGAGGCCGCAUUUAGCAUGUUGGGAGAGAUACAAAGAGUCGCAUUCACAGUGUUUGAGUCCCUCUUUUCUCAUAUCAAUGGCACAAAGAUGGAAUCAAAAUCGACCAAUUGGUCUUUGCUGUCCAAGUUGAUGAGCUCCAAAUGCAUAACACAUGAGGGAGAAGCAACAGAAACCAAUGAAUUUGAGAAAAUGGAUGCAUUUUUGUGCACUCUCAUUGGUAACAAGACUAGAAAAUCUGGUAAAAUGAGCAAUGAUGAUGCACAAAUUGAGUUGCAGAAAUUGAAGCUAAGCAUUCAAGAUCUUAGAGAUGGAGUGGAGUGCUUGUUGAGGCUCUUGGUCAAAACUAGAGUUUCUAUUCUCAACAUCCUUAGCCAUUAG